GAUGAGAUUGUUUCCAACAGCGUCAGAACGACUCACGAGUUCCUCAGCCACAGGUUGAGCGCCUUUGUCCUGUUCGUCUGCUGUGAUUCUGUGGCUGAACGUGAGAGCCCUUUGCCUGUAAAUCCUUUUCGGCGGAGUUUCAAUGGGUUCUGUUUGCAGGCGCCUGUUUUCACUGUGUUUGGUCAGCUCGGUCCUGUACAGGGGCCACUGUGAGGUGAGGAAAAUUACCAGGCGGACUGCUUACGGCGACUCAGGAGGACAGCAGCAACCCCUUGAUAUAGAGGCUUAUACAUACCCGGAGCGAGUGGAAACACCUGUUGGAUUCAGCCUGAACCUCUCCAGCCUUGAAAUAUCCACCAUCUUGUUCUGUCAGUUAUCUCGAUGCAUCCCAUGUGUCCGAGUGCACAUCAGAAUGAACAACUCAGUGCCGGUGACCAUUGACGGAGUGCAAAUUCACUUUUUUGAAUGUAAAAGCAACAGAAACAGUGAGAUUCAAGUCCGGUGGAAAAACUACAUGCCACCUAUUAACACAGCUAACUUCAUAUAUGAAUGCUUUGAGUCAGAUGCUGGGUCGAAAGUGGAAGUUGGAGUUAAGACAAUCCCAGAUUAUGGACACCAGUUAACUGAAGAAUACAACGUGGAGGAUUAUGAAACUGGUCCACAGAUGAAUUACUCUGUUAUCCUUAAGAAGAAGCAAAUUCUAGUUACUGGCCCCCCAGGCCGUGUUUUGAAAGCCAUGCUGUGUUAUAAGCGGGGCCUGGUGUGUCGUGAGCUCAAGAAUAUCUCCGUUCUAUUGAUUAACAGCACAUUCUCUCUCUCCUAUGAAUACCUGCUUCCUUGCCUCUGUGUCCAGGUAUUUUACCCUGGUCUUGAUAGCAGUCGGACAACAAUUUGUCCGUUCACCAAUACCCUGGAAGCCUUUGGUCCUGAUCUGUGGAGGUCGAGCAAUUUCUCUGAUCUGAUUCAUCAUCGUAACAGCAUGGCGGUUCGUCUCACUGGGAAAUGUCACAUUAAACCGAGUGUGGUCCUCUGCUGGAAAUCAAAUGGAAUCUGUGAAGAGUUUGAGGAGUCGGCUGCUAAGAUCUCAAAGUCUGUCUACGUGUUUGAGAGUGUUGACAGACAUUCACAGAUGUGCUUUAAGUUUAAAUAUAAAAACAGCAGCCACAUUGAAUGCCGAAACAGACGAGAUGCUGACUGGAAUGUGACGAUGGUGACAGAAUCAAACCAACUCUUGCUGUCCUUUGCUUCACACAUCCCAGCAUCCUUCAGUGCUGUGCUAUGCAAGACGGAAGAGGAUGAAUGCAAAAAUCAAACACUAAUUCACAACGUGACCCAGACUGAGUUCAGCACCCAGAAGCUCCUUAUGGUCUUGCCUGUAGAAAGUCACAAAUUCUGUGUAAGGGUGUGGCGUUCUGAUGUGGUCUUCUCUGGGAAGCAGUUGCUUUGUCCACAGUACUCGCGUAAUCGGCUUGGGCUGGGGCUCUUGAGUACCUUGGUAUUGUUAGCUGUUAUGCCAAUGCUUGUUUAUAUGGUCUGGAAGUUUGCAACUAAAGUUGUAUCAGCCCCACUUUGGAGUAGAACUGUCCUGAUGAUGUACUCCCCAGAUUCUGAAGACCAGAAGAAGCUGAUCUGUGCUUUUGCAGAUGUUCUGAAGACUGAAUUGCGCUGUAACAUCAUCCUGGAUCUAUGGGAUACUGGCAGGGUAGCGGAGAUUGGUAUCGUCUCUUGGCUUUAUAGCAAAAGGGAACUUGUGGAACGUGAAGGAGGAAAGAUAAUAAUCAUUUGGUCAAAAAAAAGCCAAGAAAUGUACAACCAAUGGAGUAUGCUGGACUCAGGAAGAAAAAUGAACCACAAUGACUUACAUGACCUUUUCAGUACCGCGAUGGCUUGUGUUUACAAUGACAUUUUGCGAAACAGGAGGAUUAAAGAUUACAGUAUUAUUUAUUUUGAUGGACUGUGCAACAAAGAGAACAUUCCUGCAAUAUUUACCAAGAUCCCCAAGUACCGAAUGCUGAAGGAUUUCUCUAGUCUGGUGCAUGCCCUGCAAUCUGCUUCCAAAUUUCCAUGCGGCCUGGAGUUGGGCGCGAAGUUUCUGGUGCAUAAAAUCCUGCGGUCUGAAAAAAUGCAGACACUGCGAAAUCAGAUCGAGCAGUUCACAAAGUUACAGAGACAUGGCCUUCUCUGCUGUGAGGAGAGUGACUGCUCCGACUGAGUUUGGAUGGGACCUGACCUGUUUUAAAAGGUAACAAGUGAGAGCAGGAUGAUAGAGCCCUUUGGUUAAAUGGGAGAAUUGGGCCUGCUUCAUUUUACUUUUUGUUCUGAACCUUCUGCUUCUGGAAUGCGGCAGUAAUGAAUGACACGCUGCAGACAGAACAGUGAUAAGUGCAUUGGAAGCAAGAUACCACAAGCAGUGUAAAUGUGCUGUUUUGAGAAGGAUUAAAUUCAGAAAGAAGACACUGGAGUCUAUAAAGAAUUUAACCCAAGGAACUGGUGUUUCGAAUGUAAAGGUGCUCAGUCAUGUGUCAAUGUAAUAAUUGUGAUCUGUGAAUAGUUUUCACAUGAAUUAUUGUUUGAAGUCAGCUUCACAAUAUGAGAUUAAUAUAUUUGAGGGAAAAGAAGUAAUCCUUCUGUUUUGGAUGGAAGAGGGAGAUGGAGAGGAGUAAUUGGUAUGAGUGUUUGUGGACAUACUGGAUUUCCUUAGCCUCCUGAGGAAGUAGAGGCAUUGUGCUUUCCUGACCGUCGUGUCGACGUGAGUGGACCAGGACAGAUGGGUGAUCAUCCCUUCCAGGAACGUGACAUUCUCGAGCAUCUCCACCUCAACUCCACUGAUGCAGGCAGGGGUGUGCCCUCCACUCCGCCUCCUGAAGUCAAUUGCCAACUUCAUCCUUUUGCUGAUGUUGAUGGAGGGGUUCUGAGGAAGGGUCACUGGAUCUGAAACGCUAAUUCUGAUUUCUCCCAUAGCUGCUGCCAGACCUGCUGAGUUUUUCUGGCAAUUUCUGUUGUUGUUGUCUUUACACCAUGGUGCUAAGCACCACUUAUUUCAGAGCAUUUGUUCCAAUGUCCUGACCUCAGGUCAAAAUUCUGAAGUACUGCAGAUAUUUUUAAUUUGUAAUUUCAAUAUAUGUUUCUUAAGAGAUCUGAUAUAGCCUGUGGAUGUAAAUUUGAUUGGCUGACUGGCGAGAGAAGGAUGAACAGAACGUCUUGACUAUUCAUUCAAAGGAGACUUCAAUUAACAGCCCUUCAAAGGGGGAAGAGCUACAUCAAAUAGACUGGAUCUAAGAUUUGGUAUGUCUGCAAAGAUAACAUAGGGCUGAGAGCAAGCUACUACUGAAGAUUAUGUCUCAACCCGGAGUCACAUUGUGAGUUUUUCUCUUUUGAAGAAUAAACACGGACAGGGCUUAAAAAGCCAGCUGUACUCAGGUGUGCUGGUGGGACUGAACAUUCUCAUGUGGACCAGCCUGGAUUCAAGGCAUUAGCAUUUUGUGAAGGCCACAGUUGAAAAACUGUCACCCAUUUGUUGCAGUUAAAGGAGGAACCUGUCCCUCACUCAGAGAUGGAAACAAGACAAGGGAAACAGGUGGAGAAAAAGACCACCAACACACACCCCUCCCCCCAACCACCCCCAAGAAUGUCUAUGUUCAAAUUCCAUUCUAGGCCUUGAUAGUGAAGAAAGAUGCACAAUGUAGCCAAUCCCAUUGAGUAUCAUGACUUGCCAAUCCUUCCAGUAUGUGUUGAUGGCAGGUGAUAAGAGCGGGAAAAAUUCCUGUGGCCAUAUUGUGAGAAAUUUGGAACCUCAACUGUCAUGAUCCGUAGCUUGAGAUUGCAAGACACUGUGGCAAUGUGCAAUUUUUAUCUACGGCUCUGACUCAGAGUGAAUCCAAAACUUAAUCCUGAAGCUUUUCACACACAGAGAUAAUAAAUUGGAGAUUCAGUUGGCAAUCACUGUCAGAGUAUCAGUGAACAAAAAGGAUUGGGCAAACUGGUAAUCCUGGAAAAUUUUUAAGAACAAGAGGGAAUGUCAUCGAAACUUACUUGCAUUUGCCCUGCCUAUCCCAAGUAAGGUGUUUCCCCAGGAUGGGGAACCAAGAACCUAAGGGAUGAGAACCUUAUUUUUUUUAAAGCUCAGAGGGAUGUGAAUCUUUGGAAUUAUCAACCACAGAAGGCUAUGGCAGUUCACUGAGUAGGUUUGAGGUAGAGAUUGAUUACCAGUGAUGUACAGCUUUAUAGGAAUGAAGUGAGUAAAAGACAUUGAAGUGUUCUAUCAGCCAUGAUCUUAUUGAGUGGCAGUGCAGGUUUAAUGGGCUGAAUGACCUUGGCAGCAGUUCCAGGAUAUAAUCUUGUGAAGAGGCAAAGAGGAAAUUCAAAGUCUUACCAUUCUCUUUAUGUCACACCACUAUUUGAUUCUGUUCCUCUUGUUUUAAUAGCCAGACCUCUCGACAUCACCACGUCAUCUUCCUGACAUUUUAUUUUGUGGCUUUUUGAGUGAACAAUGUUAGAAUGCCAAACACAAACUUGAUGUGGGGGAGUCGGUGUUGGACUGGGGUGGACAAAGUUAAAAAUCACACAACGCCAGGUUAUGGUUCGACAGGAUUAUUUGGA